AUUUCAUUCUCCAUUGCAGCAUCCCCAUCCUCAACAGACAAAGCAAACAUGCUCAUCAUCCACCACCUCCAACGCUCCCAAUCCGAGCGCAUCAUCUGGCUCUGCGAAGAACUGCACCUCCCCUACGAACUCAAAAUCUACCAACGAGCACCCUUGCUCAGUCCCCCUGAGCUCCAAGCCCUGCACCCCUCCAAAUCCGCCCCCAUAAUCCAAGACGGCCCCAUCACGCUCGCCGAAUCGGGCGCCAUCUUCGAAUACAUCCUAACCAAACACAACCCCACCUCGACCCUCGUCAUCCCCCCAAGCGCCCCAAACUACCCCGACUACCUCUACUACCUGCACUUCGCGAACGGGACCUUCCAGCCCGCAUUAGUACGGUACGGUCUCGUGAAGCGACUGGACCUUCCCGAGGAGGAGUUCAGUGUACGGUUAGCGAAACGGAGUUUUGAGCGCGCGUUGGGGAUUCUGGAGGAGAGGGUGGGAGCGUGUACGUGGUUGGCCGGGGGGGAGUUUACGGCGGCGGAUGUGAUGGUUGUGGUGAGUUUGAAGACGAUGAGGGAGUUUAUUCCGUAUGAUUUGGAGGGGUUUGUGGGCAUUCAGGGGUAUUUGGAACGGGUGGGGAGAAGGGAGGGGUAUCGGAGGGCGAAGGGGAGGGGGGAUGUUGGUAAUCACGGAGUACCUACCUAA